AUGGCCACCGCUCCUAGAGGACGCUUGCAAGGCAAGAAUGCCAUUAUCACCGGUGCUGCUGGUGGCAUUGGCCUGGAAACGACAAUCCUAUUCGCUCGUGAAGGCGCCUCGGUGCUGAUGGCGGAUAUCUCAGAGCAGGCCCUCGCCAAGGCUCUGGAGAAAGUGAAGGAGAUUGUCCCCGAUGCUACACGCGUAGAGACUGUCAAGUGCGAUGUCUCAAAGGAAGCCGAUGUCCAAGCAAUGGUAGAACGCCAGGAUAGCUGGGGCGGCACAGAUGUGAUCUUCAACAACGCCGGCAUUAUGCACGCCGAUGACGCUGAUGCCAUCGACACCCCAGACAAGAUCUGGGACUUGACGCACAACAUUAAUGUCAAGGGUGUGUGGUAUGGUUCCAAACAUGCUGUCCUGAGUUUCCGUCGCCACAAGAAGACAAAGGGAAGCGUCAUCAAUACUGCCAGUGUUGUUGCCUUGGUCGGAAGCGCUACUCCCCAGCUUGCGUAUACGGCAAGUAAAGGUGCCGUCUUGGCCAUGACCCGGGAAUUGGCUAUUGUGCAUGCUAGAGAGGGGUUCAGGUUCAAUGCUCUCUGCCCAGCUCCAUUGAACACACCUCUUCUUCAAGACUGGCUUGGGGAUGACCAAGCAAAGCGUUAUCGUCGCGAAGUUCAUUUCCCUACUGGACGUUUCGGAGAAGCAAUUGAGCAGGCACACGCUGUUGUGUUCCUUGCCAGUGACGAGUCGAGCUUUGUGAACGGCACUGACUUUGUUGUCGAUGGUGGAAUGAGCAAGGCAUACGUCACUCCUGAGGGACCCGCCACUGUUCCUCCCAAGAACCUCGCCAAGUAA